AGAAAAGAACAGGCGGUCCAUUUUCAAUCCUGCAGUCUUUUUUUUUUUUGCCAUGAAUUUUGCUGCUGCGAGUUGACGCCUGAUUUCUGCCACUCGUCUGGUCGGCAAUAUACUGAAGGGUUUGAUGCGACAGGCACACGGCGCAUUGUAGUAUAUGGUGGUGCUUGGCUGCUGGCAGGCUCGAAGCACAUGCGGUGGAGAUGCUACCUGCAAUGUAAAAAUGGCGACGCCAUCGGAGACGAGGAGAAGAGAAAUCGGGCAAGUUUUGCUAGCGAAUUCAGCAAUCAUGUCCGACGCAGACAGGAAGUAAUUCAUGAUGAGGUCCAGCAGGGCAUGACGCAUACUCAAUUCGCUUGUAGACACUUAUAUUUUGCAAAUCCACGAAUUCUUAUCUCCACGAUGGGUUUGACCACGGAGCUGCUUACCUCCGCAAGAGAAAACAACAAUCACCCGAAACCAUAAACAAAGAGGAGUGUGACGGCGCAGGUGAGUCAGCUGGCUGCUAUUUCGUCCGCGAGCGCGCGCACAUGGAUGCUCCUACAUAGCUGGCGAAGUGGCGAGUCGAGUGGGCGCCCCCAAUCCCCCCCACCUUCUCUCGCUCGCGGAUCUCCGAUCUCGCGAGCCAUGGCCGGCGGCGGCGGCGGUCCAUGGCUGCAGCGGUACGGGCCGAGCGCGGGGAUGGUGCUGGUGCAGCUGUUCUACGCGCUGGUGGACGUGGCGCUCAAGACGGCGAGCGGGCUCGGCAUGCGCCCCAUCGUCUUCGUCGCCUACCGCCAGGGGAUCGCCGCCGCCACGCUCCUCCUCGCCUCGCUCGCCGCCAGGGGGUGCACGCUGCGGCCCAUGGCCGUCGGCGCCCGGGCCUUCGCCCUCAUCUUCGCGGCAUCCCUAGCCACCGCGACGGGGCAGUACUUCUACCUGCAGGGGCUGCUCCUGGCGUCGCCGUCCAUGGCCAGGGCCACCACCAACCUCGCCCCCGGCAUCACCUUCGCCAUCGCGGCUGUCAUCGGGUUAGAGAAGGUGGAUAUCAGAAGCUUGAGAAGCGUCGCCAAGAUAGUCGGCACCGCCAUCUGCCUCGCUGGAGCGGUGUUCAUGGCGUUCUUCAAGGGUCCCAAGCUCCUCGGCGCGGUCCUUGUCUCGGUGACCGGCGACUGGGUGAAAGGAGGGAUCUAUCUCGUCGGAAAUGCUAUCUGCUUCUCCAUCUGGUAUAUCAUCCAGGUGCCUGUCUGCAAAUCGUACCUUGAUCCUCUAUCUCUAGCGACUUGGAUGUGCUUCUUAGCGACCUUGCAAUGUGCGGUGAUGGCCUUCUUCCUGGAGCCAAAUUACUUGCAAAUUUGGAAGCUGAACUCGUUCUGGGAGUUCCCCUGCAUCUUGUACGGAGGAGUGUUUGCCUCCGGCGCAAACUUUUUCCUCCAAUCCUGGUGCAUAUCUGUGAAGGGCCCUCUUUACAGCGCAAUCUUUACGCCCCUGAGUGCAGUGAUCACAGCAAUAUUAUCUACACUCUUCCUGCAUGAAGAACUCCAUAUUGGAAGUGAACAUUGUUUUAUGCAGCAUAUUAGGAGCUAUUACUAUCAUUGCCGGCUUGUAUGUGGUGCUGUGGGGCAAAGCUGAUGACGUGAAGGGCGAGAGUCUGGCAAUCAAUUCUAGUGGUUCGAAAGGGGGAGUAGAUUCAGACUGUAUCGGU